GUUGAAAAUGUUGAGUCGCAAUCAAAAUUUUACAGAUUUGGUCGACAAAGUGCGCGAAAUCGAGGCUAUAAAGCUAAACGAAGAUUUUGUGCGGAAGAAAUACGAAAAGUCUGAGCAGGCGUUAGUAGCAACAGUGGGUGCAUCCUUUCCGAAGGGCCCCAGUCGCAAAUUUGAUUAUAAGCCUCAGAGGGUUUCACAAAACUACGGUGGCAGGUCUUUCAGAGGCGGUUUCAGAGCCCAACGAACUGGACAGAUCUAUGCUGGCAGCAGCCCAUCGUUCCGAUCAACACGUGGAGAAAAAUGCUGGCGUUGCCACAGCCCGUAUCAUGGAGGUAAUGAUUGCAGCCACAAAGAUAAAAGGUGUAAUUAUUGUGGCAUUCUUGGUCAUAUCCAACGAGCUUGCCGCUCGCAUCGUCAUAUGUCAGGAAUCAAGCGUCCAACUGACUUGAUGGAAGACGCGCCCCAGUCACGGAAGAUAGCCGCAAUCGAAGAGGUUAAAGAUGAUGCAGAAUCUGAUCAAACAACACAUCUGAAGCCGGAACGAGCCAUAAGACAAAUCGCAAAUGCACCUCAUGUUAACACAAUUCCGAUCAGUAACAGAGAAGAGACAAGACAGAAAUCCGUACGAAUAGCGAUCGAAACGGCGAACAUUUUGGAUAACAAGAGUGGUUUGCUAAAGUCAUCCAAAAAUGCUUCAAAUUCAACCGCAGAAAAUGAUUUGAAUGCUCAGAACAGCAGAAACGAACAGAACCAUACUGAGCCCACGAAAACAGAAACCUCCGUGCUCAGUACGGUGUUUUCACAUAGCAUCAAAUUGUCAACGUAUUGGCGUAGAUGA